CGCCAGAAUGAGUUCUAGUAUGUUCGCAGAGGCGUUCAGUUCUUCGGAGAGUGAGUCCGAUGAGGAGUCGCCACAGCGCGUGGACAACCGAUUCAUGCAAUAUCAGAGUGAUGAAGAAGAUGAAAAACGUGUCGUAAAGAGUGCAAAAGAUAAGCGAUUCGAGGAAAUGCAAAGUAUCAUCAAAAACUUGAAUAAUCACAAGAAGAUCAAGGACAUGUCAAAUGUCCUAACAGGUAGCCGCAUGGAAGCUUGUCAUGAAUAUCCAUCCCUAGAUUUCGAAAAUCUGAUCAAAGUAUAUGAAAAAUCCGUAAAAAUGAAUGAAAUGGAUGGUCUUCCUGCGUUUUAUGUGCGCUGCAUAGCGGAAUUGGAAGAUUUCGUUAACGAUUCCUGGGAGAAGAAGAAAGACCUUAAUCGUGGAGCUGCAAAGGCUCUCACCGCACUUAGACAACGCAUAAAAAAAUACAAUCGUGAUUUUGAAGACAACAUCAAGGAUUUUCGUGAAAAAAUUACCAGGAGGAAGAAACUGCUGUUGGUUCAGGUGAGAUUUUUACAUUCACCUUAUGAAGUAUUGUUAGACAACGAUGAUGCAGAAGAGGAAGAAAGGAAAGAACCACAGGCUAAAGGCUCAGCGACGGCAUCAUCAGCUGCGGUCGAAAAGAAGGUAACUAAGAAACCCGCGGGAUCCGAUUCGGACUCGGAGGAAUUCGACGAGGAAGGUGAUGAAGAUGACAGUGACAGUGAAGGCUUUUGGGACAGCGAUAGUUCUAGUAGCUCCAGCAGUCUGGACGUCGACCUGGAACGGUUCAAGGAUGACCCGUCAGUAUUCUUUUUGAAGAAGACAACCGAUGAAAAGAAAGAUAAGUCCAAGAUCAAGAAGGCGACAAAAGAAAAGCCAGCAAAGAAGGCUGCCAAAGCCGCUUCACUUUUUGACGAAGAAGGCUGGACUGCUGUGGAUUCCAUCGGCCGUCCUGAGCCACAAGUACAGGCAUUCGAAAAAGGCCAGGAAAUCACAUACGAGGUUGUUUUGAAGAAGUUGAAUGAGAUUUUGGCAGUUCGCGGCAGAAAAGGCACCAGCAUCAGCGAACAGAUUGCCUUGUUGAUGCAAGUGGAGGAGAAAAUAAGGGAACACAAGUUGUCCGGUGGCCUGCAAAUCAAGACCUUGCUGUCGCUGAUUAGCGUGUUUUUCGAUUACGAUAAAACGCACUCUGCUUGCAUGUCUGCUGUGCUGUUCGACCGCCUUAUUAGCGCAUUCGAUCGUCUAUUCGAUGCUCUCGAACAACAUGAUGUUAAAUUUCUUGGAUCUGACAUAGACGCGGAAGAACUGGAGUCACUAGAGACUCCACCGUAUUACGUUCGUGGGUCGGUCCUCACUUCGGUGACGUUGCUGGACGCUGAAUGUACGAAAGUGUUACAGAACGCGAAUGGCCAUGAACUGGAAUAUGUAGACCGAUUGAAGGAUGAACGUCGCAUAUGCGCUAUCAUCGAUCGAUCGUGUACUUAUUUGGAGAACAUCGAGGCCCCUCCAGCUGAUUUGUGCGUGGCCUAUUUAUUCAAAGUGGAACAUAUGUACUACAAAUUUGACUAUGAUUGGGGCAAAAGAGUCGAAGCAGAAGGUCUUGAUGCGGUCGGAGUGAAUGCCUCGACACCAGUGAUUGAACGACUUUGUCAGUACAUUUACUCGAAUGAUCGAACCGAUCGCCUUCGGACCAGGGCAAUCCUCUGUCACAUUUAUCAUCUGGCUCUCUAUGACAACUGGUUCAAGGCUCGUGACUUGAUGCUCAUGUCCAACCUUCAGAUGUCCAUUGAACAUGCAGAUCAGUCAACUAUGAUUCUGUACAAUCGAGCCUUGGUUCAACUCGGUUUAGCAGCUUUCCGUCAAGGUUUUAUCCGCGAGACGCACAACGCACUGGCAGACCUCGUGGGUUCAGGAAGAAUCAGAGAACUACUUGCCCAAGGCCUUCAUACACAGACACGCUACGAACGCACUCCUGAGGAAGAGAAACGCGAACAAGCCUUACAAGUUCCCUAUCAUAUGUACAUAAACACAGAGCUGUUGGAAUGCGUGUACCACGUGUCGGCGAUGUUGCUGGAAAUCCCCAAUCUGGCAGCCCAUGAAACUGACUUGCGGUGGCGUCCAAUCAGCAAACCCUUCCACUUAGCCCUACGUGUUCACGAUCGCGCUACACUUGUUGGUCCUCCCGAAACCCCUCGUGAUCACGUUUUGGCCGCCGCCAAAGCCAUGCGUUACGGAAAUUGGAAGGCAUGCACACAACAUAUUAUCAACCCGAAGAUGGAUGCGAAGAUCUGGGACAGCUUCUUCCAUUCUACUCGCGUCAAAGCAUUGUUAGAAACGAAAAUUAAAGAAGAGUCGCUCCGCAGUUUUCUGUUCACUUACAGUGCAAUCCACGAUUCCAUCAGCCUCGACCGAUUGGCCCAAUACUUUGAGCUACCAAAAUCCCAGGUCUAUUCCAUCAUUAGCAAGAUGAUCAUCAAUCAAGAACUGGCAGCCUCUUUGGAAGUGCCCAGCGAUUUCCUGAUCAUGCACAAAACAGAACGCUCGCGACUGCAAACACUCGCACUUCAGUUGAGUGACAAAAUUAACAGCGUUGUGGACAUGAACGAAAAAUUGAUUGAGAGUCGUGGUGGUGGUGGUCUUCUUGGAUCAAAAACUCGUCGCCAAGGCCUACGUUACACAAUGACGAAAUUCAACUAGAAUUCCCCAUUAUUCUGGGCUAUGGUGAACCGUUUGCUAUAUUCCAGAUAACGUGGACUUAUCUGGCGCCGCGUGCGUUUUUUGUCCCAUGUAGACCUUCGAUUGUAUCCGUUGACUGCUUUUAUCGAGUGCUUUACACAGAGCAUUGGUAAAUACACGA